GAAAGCCUUGAAAGGCAGGGCCAGCACAGGAAGACAGGUAAGAGGGAGAUACAGGACCGUGGGAGGAGACUAGAGUCCCCAGGUGCAGAAGUCCAUAGUUUCAGCUUGAAGCAGCCUGGGGCUACAGAUUAGCAUUUCAGAUGGCAGGGACAGCACGCCAUGACCGCGAGAUGGCAAUCCAGUCCAAGAAAAAGCUCUCCACAACCACUGAUCCUAUUGAGAGACUGAGAUUGCAAUGCCUGGCCAGGGGUUCUGCAGGCAUCAAAGGACUUGGCAGAGUGUUUCGGAUUAUGGAUGACAAUAACAACCGAACCCUUGAUUUCAAAGAAUUUCUGAAAGGCUUAAAUGAUUACGCGGUGGUCAUGGAAAAAGAGGAGGCAGAAGAACUUUUCCGGAGAUUUGACAGAGAUGGAAAUGGAACAAUAGACUUCAAUGAGUUUCUUGUCAUGUUAAGACCCCCAAUGUCCAGAGCCAGAAAAGAGGUAAUCAUGAAAGCUUUUAGAAAGUUAGACAAAACAGGAGAUGGGGUUAUAACCAUCGAAGACCUUCGCGAAGUUUAUAACGCGAAACAUCAUCCAAAGUAUCAAAAUGGGGAAUGGACGGAGGAACAAGUCUUCAGGAAGUUUCUGGAUAACUUUGACUCACCCUAUGAUAAAGAUGGGUUGGUGACCCCUGAGGAAUUCAUGAACUACUAUGCAGGUGUAAGUGCAUCCAUUGAUACAGAUGUGUACUUCAUCAUCAUGAUGACGACUGCCUGGAAGCUCUAAAUACCUGUCCCUGGAGACCAGGCCAUGUAUGCAGUCACGUGACUCUAAGUGAUUAAACUCCACCCCCUAACUCAGAACGAUAAUUUUUUUUCACUGUUCAUUGCACAGGCUCUUCUCUGCCAACACACUGUAUUUUCUAGGGAUGACAAAGGGACAGAAAUAAAGUCACUAAGUAACUAUGGGCUUG